AUGAAUACAGGACUACGAGAAUGCACAAGCUUUCCUGCCCCGCGCACGAGGAUCGAGUUUGCCCGUUCCUUCCAGGCGGCCUACCGGGCUGAAUUUGGCGAUUCUGACUGCUCGCUUCGAGGCGACUCGGACUCGGACUCCGGAGAGUCCUGCCCGUCGAUCCACACGUCUGAUUUCUCCACCGAGUCCGACGAUGAUGCCCUCACGACCGACUACGAGGAUGACUACCUCAUGCGCACCGGCAUCAAACCGCGGUCGACCUCACGUCCCAGACCACCGCCCCACGCCCGGGUCAAGAAACCCGCCAAGGAGGUGCGUCUGGCGGUCCAAGGCAUGAAGGAUGCCGCCCUCAUCUUCGAAGAUCCCAAACUGCGGCACCAGCCCGCCUUCUCCUCGUGGGAAGAUGAGUUGGGACCGGAGAGAGUAAAAAGACGGGAGCGUAAAAUGCUGUUGCGCCGACUACGCCAGGCCGAAAGCUCUCGCCGUAGGGAGCAUUCGCCCUCGCCUUCGCCAUCGCCCUCGACUUCAAGUGACACCGAAAUGGACGACUCAGAAGUGGACGACUCGGACAUGGACGACUCUGAUUUUGAUGAUAUCAACCAGCUCUUCACCGAGGCGCUGCGGCAACACGACAUCGCCACCGGCAUGGACCCGGCAAGCCUUCGCCGCCGCCAACAACGUCGCAUGCUCGCAGAAGAGGCAGAACCGCAGCCAGCAUCGCAGCUGCGCGAGCAACGACGUAGAGCCCUGGCAGACAAGGAGCGUCUGGAAGAAGAGGAGGACCGACGUCGUCUGCUCGAAAAAGAACGCUUCAGAUCGAUACCGCACAACGACCCAGAGAGCAGACGGAGAUUGCUCCGCAAACCUGGGGAAACGGAGUUUCUCGAGAUGCGGCGCAGAUGGUAUGAAGGCGAAUGCCGUCACAACGAAAGGGAGGCACGACGCCGUCUGGUUGAAGCGGAACGAAUGGCCCAGCUGCCCUACAGCGACCCCAGGACCAAAGAGAGAAUGCUCCGCCGAGUCCGCGAAGCCAUAGACGAUGUGGAAUGGUACAGGGUUGACGAGGAACCAAGCAACCCUCCGACUCAGCCGAGCACGCAAACUGCUCAACUCGCAAACGCAGCCAACCACCAGACUGACCAGAGCAACAACAACCAAACAACAGACAACGUCCGCCGCCCUCCUCCGCAGAACCCCCUCCCUUCCCACUUCACACUCGUCUACUUCGGCCCCUUCAACCCGCACAACCUCCGCCUCACAUUCCCGCCGCCCCAGUCCCCACGGGACUCCCAAAACGCCUACCGCGCCUCCCUCUUCGCCCUCAUCACCGCCCUCCGCGCCGCCGCCCCCUUCUGCCAACCCCCCUCCUCCUCUUCUUCCUCACUCCCCCGCCCGGCCGAGCAGACAACCCACUUGAUCCUGCAAACACACUCCUCCGCCUUCGUCCGCCACCUCUUCGGCGACGACGAGUUCGACUCCCCGCUGGUCGACGGCUGGACCUUCAACGGCUGGCGCACCUGGUCCGGCAGCCCCGUCUACCACCGCGACCUCUGGAUGACCCUCCUCAGCGACAUGGACUACUUCAAAGAGGUCACCGGCCUGCCGUACGUCGUCAUCCGCCACCCCUCCGAGUGCCAGUUCUGGGACGCCCAGUCGGACAUGGCCUUGCAAAUGGCCAGGAGGCAGCCGCCCGGGGGAACAACGAGGCCGUGGAAGGGCGCCAUCUGCGCCGCCGACGCCGUCGGGGAGGUGGAGGACGCGGAGGAGUUCCCUUACUAUUACAAGUCUGGCUGGGUCGAGUUCUAA